CCUCAAUCUCAGAGUCUCACCAUCUCUCUCUCUGUGAAAAAUAAAAAAAGAAAGAAAGAAAUGGGUUUUGCUACUGUUAAAGCACUUGCUCUUCUUCAGCUCACUGUGGUUCUAGUGAGCUCCUUCUCUGUCUUGGGAGAAGAGAUCCAAGCUGUGCCUCCCAUUCCUCCUCACCAUUACCCAGUAGAAGCCCCCAGUCUCCCUCCAAGUCCUCACCAUCACCAUCACCACCACCACCACCACCCUCCUUCUGUCUCGCCGGCUCUUCCCCCCAACCAUGUUCCGGUUCCGGUUCUGGCUCCCGUUCCGGCUCCAAGCCCCCACCACCACCACCACCACCACCAUGGUCAUCCUCCUACCCCAGCCCCGGCUCAUGCUCCUACUCACAAGCCUGUUCAGUCUCCUAGCCACCCACCGAGCCAUUAUGCUCCCACUCACCCACCUGCUCACCCUCCAUCAACCUCACCGGCCCACCCUCCCUCACACCCACCGGCCGUCCCACCCAGGAGGUUGGUUGCAGUUCAAGGGGUUGUCUAUUGCAAGGCCACCUGCAAGUAUGCCGGGCAACGAACCCUCUGGGGAGCCAAGCCUCUUCUUGGUGGGACCGUAAGGCUAUACUGCAGGAACACCAAGUAUUCUCUGGUUCUUACAGCAAAAACAGAUAAGAAUGGCUACUUUUUCAUCACAGCAAAUGAUAAAAUCACCAGCUAUGGCGCUCACAAGUGCAAGGUGUCACUAGCCUCGUCGCCUUUGGCGACCUGCCAGAAAGCAGCUGAUCUCCACGACGGGUUUAAGGGUGCCUUCUUAAGGGCAGAGAAGCCAAUCUUUUACCAAAAACGUCCUUAUUUGCUCUACACUGUUGGUCCAUUUCUAUUUGAGCCAAAAUGUUAAGCCAAAGUCCCCAUAUUUAUGCCGUUGAUUUUGUGGUCUAGAGACAAGCUAUGAGUUUCUUGGGGUUUUGUGUCUUCUUAAUUGUUUAGGAUUUCCCUCCUUCGCGUGGCAUGUUGAAAUAGUAGUUUGAAAUCUGGCUAGUGCGUAGUGUCUUUCCUCUGGGUUGAAAGAAUAAGUAAAUAAUGGAUUUUCAUUAGGGGAAAUAAAUGGAAUGGUAGAGUGUGAUUAGUAGCCUAUUUUUAGCUUUGUAUUGAAAACUUUGAAAGCAAAAGUAUUUCAACGGUCAUAAAUUGUA